CAUCAAUUUUCAUAAAACUUUAGAAGCUUCUCUGAUAAACAUCACCGUUUUUCACAUCCAGCCUCGCCGUAUAAAUACAACAACGCCGACAAAGCAAAAGAGAUUGAGAGGCUAGAAGAGUCGCGCAGGCUUCCUGCGCAUCCGCUGCGAAGAUGGCGACUACUUCAAAUAUGUUUCUUUACUCCCUCACAAUCCAACCUCCUACUACAAUAAACCAAGCUAUGCUUGGCCAAUUUUCUGGUACCAAGGAACAGCAAAUCAUCACGGCCUCGGGCUCGCGACUCACAUUACUCCGUCCGGAACCGUCCCAAGGGAAAGUAAUUACCCUUCUGGCACAUGAUGUCUUCGGCAUCAUAAGGUCUAUUGCCUCUUUUCGACUUGCUGGAAGUAAUAAGGAUUAUGUUAUACUUGCCACCGACUCGGGACGCAUCGCGAUAAUCGAGUAUAUACCACAGCAGAAUCGAUUCAAACAACAGAAGCUUGAAACAUUCGGAAAAUCAGGAGUCCGCCGUGUUGUUCCAGGACAAUACCUUGCUUGCGAUCCCAAGGGCCGCGCUUGUCUCAUUGCGUCAAUUGAGAAAAAUAAGUUGGUUUACGUUCUGAACCGAAAUGCACAAGCAGAACUUACUAUUUCCUCGCCAUUAGAGGCACAUAAGCCGGGCACCAUUGUGCUUUCUAUGGUUUCUUUGGAUGUCGGCUAUGCGAACCCAGUAUUUGCGGCGCUGGAGGUCGAUUACUCCGAGUCCGAUCAGGACCCGUCAGGUCAAGCUCUCGCAGAGGUCGAGACACAACUUGUCUACUAUGAACUGGACCUCGGGCUGAACCAUGUUGUCAGAAAAUGGCAUGAACCAGUCGAUCCCACUGCAUCAAUAUUAUUCCAAGUUCCUGGUGGCAACGAUGGACCUAGUGGUGUUCUGGUUUGUGGCGAGGAGAACAUCACGUAUAGGCAUUCCAACCAAGAAGCCUUUAGAGUACCGAUACCGAGACGAAAAGGUGCAACUGAAGAUCCGCAACGAAAAAGAUCGAUCGUUUCUGGUGUCAUGCACAAACUCAAAGGAAAUGCCGGGGCUUUCUUUUUCCUCUUACAGACCGAGGACGGUGAUCUUUUUAAAGUCACCAUUGACAUGGCUGAGGAUGAGGACGGAAAUGCCACUGGAGAAGUGCGCAGGCUCAAAAUUAAAUACUUCGAUACAGUUCCAGUAUCCACAAGCCUUUGCAUCCUAAAAAGCGGUUUUUUGUUUGUAGCGAGCGAAUUUGGUAAUCAUCAUUUCUAUCAGUUCGAGAAGCUAGGCGACGAUGACGAUGAGCUGGAGUUUACUAGCGACGAUUUCCCCACAGAUCCGCAUGCGUCGUAUAACCCUGCUUAUUUCUACCCAAGACCGGCAGAGAAUUUGAGUCUGGUCGAGAGUAUCGAUUCUAUGAAUCCUUUGGUCGAUUGUAAGGUAGCGAACUUGACUGGCGAUGACGCACCGCAGAUCUAUUCAAUUUGCGGUAACGGGGCGCGAAGUACAUUCAGGACGUUAAAACACGGCCUCGAAGUCAAUGAGAUCGUGGCCUCGGAGCUUCCGGGUGUCCCAUCAGCAGUUUGGACCACCAAACUUAAUCGAUCUGAUCAAUACGAUGCCUACAUCAUUCUCUCCUUCAGCAAUGGUACUCUGGUGCUUAGUAUUGGCGAGACUGUUGAAGAGGUAACCGACACUGGCUUCCUCUCAUCGGUUCCAACACUCGCCGUCCAACAACUUGGCGACGAUGGGCUGAUCCAAGUCCACCCCAAGGGUAUCCGUCAUAUCGUUAGAGGAAGAGUCAACGAGUGGGAAGCGCCGCAGCACAGAUCAAUCGUUGCUGCUUCAACCAAUGAGCGUCAGGUUGCGGUCGCUCUAAGCUCAGGCGAAAUUGUCUAUUUUGAGAUGGCUGACGACGGGUCAUUGGCGGAGUACGAUGAAAAGAAAGAAAUGUUCGGAACCGUCACUUGUCUGAGCUUGGGCGAAGUCCCUGAAGGUCGCUUACGAAGCUCGUUCCUGGCCGUUGGAUGCGACGACUGCACUGUCCGAAUUCUAAGCCUGGAUCUCGAGUCCACGCUCGAGAGUAAGUCAGUACAGGCUUUAACCGCUGCGCCGUCUGCACUAUCGAUAAUGGCGAUGGAAGACUCUUCGUUUGGCGGAUCUACUUUAUAUCUUCACAUUGGUCUGCAUUCCGGUGUCUAUUUACGGACAGUUCUCGAUGAGAUAACCGGAGAACUUACUGACACUCGUCAAAAGUUCCUUGGACCUAAGGCCGUGCGACUUUUCCAGACCUCGGUUGAAGGUCGUACUUGUGUAUUGGCUCUGAGCUCGAGGACGUGGCUGGGCUAUGCAGAUCCAAUCACAAAGGGAUUUAUGAUGACCCCUCUUGACUACACCGAUCUUGAAUGGGGUUGGAAUUUCAGCAGUGAACAAUGUGAAGAAGGUAUGGUGGGAAUCGAGGGUCAGAAUCUGAAAAUUUUCUCCAUCGACAGGUUAGGGGAUACCCUAUUACAACAAUCAAUACCCCUCACAUACACUCCGAGACGCCUUGCUAAGCAUCCCGACCAACCUUACUUCUAUACCAUUGAGUCCGAUAACAAUACACUUCCGCCCGAAUUACGUGCUCAGCUUCUAGCUGACCCCGGCGUCGUUAACGGUGACGCUGCCGUACUACCACCUGAGGAGUUCGGAUAUCCUAGAGGCCGUGGUCGAUGGGCGUCUUGUAUCAGCGUCGUUGAUCCACUAGUUGAGAAACGAGUGCUGCAAACAUUAGAACUCACCGAGAAUGAGGCUGCGGUCAGUAUGGUCACUGUUUCAUUCGCAAGCCAAGAUAAUGAGACUUUCUUGGUUGUGGGUACCGGAAAAGAUAUGAUCCCCAGUCCUCGUCAAGCGAGCGCGGGAUAUAUACAUGUCUACCGGUUCCGCGAUAACGGCAGGGAAAUCGAGUUCAUCCAUAAGACCAAGGUGGAAGAACCUCCAAUGGCAUUGGUUCAAUUUCAAGGUCGUCUACUUGCAGGAAUCGGCAAAACUCUACGUGCCUAUGACCUCGGAUUGCGACAACUUCUCCGAAAGUCGCAAGCUGAGGUCGCGCCCCAACUCAUCGUCUCGUUACAAACUCAAGGUAGUCGCAUCGUCGUUGGUGACGUGCAGCAAGGUGUCACCUAUGUCGUGUAUAAAUACGAGAGCAAUAAGUUAAUUCCGUUUGCUGAUGACACAAUACCUCGCUGGACAAAUUGCACGGCGAUGGUGGACUACGAAUCGGUUGCUGGUGGCGAUAAAUUCGGAAAUGUCUGGAUCGUGCGAUGUCCCCAGAAAGCAAGUGAGGAAGCUGACGAGGAUGGGACCGGGGCACAUUUACAACAUGCCAGAGAAUAUUUGCAUGGCUCCAAUCACCGUGUUAGUCUUAUGGCGCACUUCUUUACGCAGGACGUUCCAACCAGCAUCAGUAAGACAAAUCUUGUGGUGGGUGGUCAAGACGUUCUUCUCUGGAGCGGUAUACAAGGUACCAUUGGUGUCUUCAUCCCAUUCCUCAGCCGAGAGGAUGCGGAUUUCUUCCAGAGUCUCGAGUCGCAUAUGAGAACCGAAGACCCACCUCUCGCCGGAAGAGAUCAUUUAAUCUAUAGGGGUUAUUAUGCUCCCGUUAAAGGUGUCAUCGAUGGUGAUCUAUGUGAACGGUUCACAUUGCUCCCGAGCGAUAAGAAACAGAUGAUCGCGGGUGAGUUGGAUCGUUCGGUCCGAGAAAUUGAGAGGAAAAUAUCGGUGAGUGAAGUAUUUUUGAACCCUUAAAUUGACAUUGUGACUAAUGUUGAGUAGGAUGUACGAACUCGGUCAGCAU